AUGGUUCUCUCCGGCACGGUCCAGGUAGCCCAGCUGGGAGAUAUCCAUGAACACUUUACAUCUGAACUCCUAAAUUUCAUAACAACCCUCGGUUGGAAUUCCACAGAAAACUGCGUUGAACUGGCAAUGCCCACCAAGUUGGCAAUUGAUUGGCCACUAGCGUUGAUCGCUCUAUAUACCACAAAGUAUCAGAAACACCACAGCAAGAAUGCCGCGAGCAAGCUACGAGAGGAGAUGAUGAGAGCACACAUGCGGGUGAUGGUCUCUGCUCCAGCCCAUGGGGAGUAUACGACCUCCGGAUAUCCUUCGGAGGCAAUCCUGGCGGAAGCAGCUGCCAUUUCGAUUCAUGAGGAACGACUCGACAUGGUGGAGGUCGUUCAUCGCCUUCUUGAAGACAAGCUUGGGAUGCGGCAAUACAUAGACAUGAAACGUCCCACGAUGCACAACUCUGACAGGCCGUUUAUUCAAGACCUAUCUUCCUAAUCGAGCUCUUGACUGCCCUUCUCCCGGAAGAGUAUCUGUCCAAGCUUUUACAGAACACUCUUGAUAAUCG